AUGAAAGAUCUUAUGGUGAUCUGGAACACCUUGUCGCGUCGUCAAAUAUAUUCGUCAGUGAAUAUCAACCCUAAUAUUGAGAAACAAGUCGAACAAGAAGAGACAAGGACUUUGGCGAACCUUCAAAGAAAGUCCUCGGUGGUGGUGAACAAAUUCUUCAACGCCGCUUUACCAGUGCGUUCCGACAGCAGACAAAAAUGGUCGAAAAAUAUCUUCAUGUUGAUGACUCUCGGUCUACUUGGUCUCGCAAGCGGUUGCAUCAUAUUGCUGUGUGAUCCUUACGAAUUACUCUUCAAAUGGAAAGCAACCUUUGGCGAGGGCGGAGAAUCUUUCGAGUUUUGGCAAAAACCUGAAGUCGAUCUCUAUGUCAAGAUCUAUUUGUUUAACGUGACAAAUCACGACGAAUUCCAGAACGGUGAAGCAAGCAAGUUACGAUUUCAAGAAGUUGGGCCCUACGUGUAUAAAGAAACAUUUGAGCAUGCGAAUGUAGUUUUCAAUGACAAUGGUACGUUAUCGACGAUACCAGUGCAUCCACUGAAGUAUGUUCCGGAAAUGAGUAUCGGCACGGAAGAGGAUCUCGUAAUAAUGCCGAAUAUUGCGCUGUUUAGCAUCACGAACGUCAUGAAAGAUGCUUCAUACUUAUCCAGGUGGGGCCUUAACAUGCUGAUCCGUCGGACAAACACUAAGCCCAUUGUUCCAAUGACCGCACAUGAAUUCAUGUUUGGUUACCAAUCGACUCUCGUCACUCUUGGAAAUCAUUUAAUGCCCUCCUGGAUUAAGUUUGAUAAGUUGGGAUUAAUCGAUAGGAUGUAUGACUUUGACGGCGAUUUUGAGACGAUUUACACGGGAGAGACAGAUAUCCGAACGACAGGCUUGAUCGAUAAAUAUAAUGGAGACACGAACUUACCGCAAUGGACUGGUAAAUGCGCGAAUGUGCAAGGCGCGAGCGACGGUGUUAAAUUUCCGAGCUACAUCGAACCUAACGACACACUCCUCUUCUUUCGCAAGAGUCUCUGCCGAAGUGAACGCUUGGUACGAGUUGGAGAAAAGGUGUUACAAGGUUUAGACACAUAUCAAUACACGUUUAUGGAGAACGAAUUAGAUAACGGAGCAGUGAAUCCAGAAAAUAAAUGCUUCUGUCGCAAAGGAUUCUGUCUAAAGCCUGGUUUAAUCGAUGUAACAGAUUGUUAUUACGGAUUUCCAAUCGCCUUGUCGUAUCCGCAUUUUUAUAAGAGCGAUCCAUCUUUACUAGAAGCCGUCGAAGGAUUAGAACCCAAAAAGGAACUACAUGAAUCUUAUUUCUACAUUCAACCAAAGUCUGGGAUACCCAUGAAUUUGGCAUCCCGAUUUCAAAUUAACAUGGUACUACAGAAUAUCGGACACAUGGCUAUGGUGGAAAAAUUCCCCCAUAUGACAAUUCCAUUACUGUGGUUUGAAAUUGGAAUGUACAAACUACCGUUAGACAUGAACAUCCGUUUUUGGUUUUACCUGAACUUCUUGCCGAUCAUGACGGAAGUAUCGAUGUAUUUGUUGUUUCUUUCUGGAGCGGUGUUGCUUGUCUGGUGCAUUAUGAGGAUACUGUCUCAUCAUACGAAAAAAUCAUCAUCGGAAUGGCUGGAACUGGAAAGAAAGCGACGAAAGGUACAGACGGAUAAGCAAAUUGAUCCGAAGGUGAAAGACAUAGACGUGUACAGCACGCUUUUGACUCCCGGCGAUCCGAAUCUGACGAUGGUGUAA